AUGAUUCGCGUCCAGCAGAGGGGGAAGGAGAUCAUCGAGGCUGCGGGGAAAUCAUCGGCUCCGUCAGCGGCGAUGUCGUGUAUUGACCAGAUGCGAGAUUGGGCAUUGGGGUCGGACAACAAGUGGGUGUCUAUGGCCGUCAUUGGCAAGAACAAGGAGAGUUAUGGCAUAGACUCGUAUGGUGUUGAUACGGAUCUCUGUUUCUCGUUCCCUGUCAUCACUGAUGGCCACAGCUGGACCAAGGUUGGAGGCCUGGAAAUGACUGAGUUUGGAUAUUCGAUGCUGCAGCGUAAUGUACAAGAGUUGAAGGCCGAACGCGAUAUGGUCCGCAAUCUAAUGGGGUGGUAG